CAAUUUAUACAUGUCUGUUUUAAAUGUUACAUUUUUGUUUUUCAGGUGUAAUUAGCUGCUGAACCAGUAGGUGGCGAUGGCUCACAUCACAAUUAACCAGUAUCUUCAACAGGUUUAUGAGGCCAUCGAUAACCGCGAGGGCUCGUUCUGUGCGGAGCUUCUGUCCUUCAAACACCCGCACGUGGCCAACCCUCGACUCCAGCUGGCCAGUCCAGAAGAUAAGUGUCAGCAGGUUCUGGAGCCGCCUUACGACGAGAUGGUAGCAGCUCAUCUCAGAUGUACCUAUGCAGUCGCCAAUCAUGACUUUGUGGAGGCCUACCGCUUCCAGACGCUUGUUGUCCAAUCCUUUCUUAGAGCGUUUCAGUCACACAAAGAAGAGAAAUGGGCGUUACCCAUCAUGUUUGCUGUCACGUUGGACCUCAGGAUAUUUGCCAACAAUGCAGAGCAGCAGCUGCAGAAGAAGGGCAAAGGCCAGCCGGGUGAAAUGUUGGAGAAAGCAGCAGAGCAACUGAUGAGCUGCUUCAGAGUUUGUGCCAGUGACAAUCGUGCUGGAAUCGAGGACUCUAAGAAGUGGGGAAUGAUGUUUCUGAGCAACCAGCUCUUCAAGAUCUACUUUAAGAUCAAUAAGCUGCACCUGUGUAAGCCUCUGAUCAGAGCCAUCGACAGCUCCAACCUGAAGAACGACUACAGUCCCGCUCAGAAAGUCACCUACAAAUACUAUGUGGGCCGCAAAGCCAUGUUUGACAGUGACUUCAUCACGGCUGAGGAGCUUCUGUCAUAUUCCUUCCAUCACUGCCAUCGAUCCAGUCAGAAGAACAAGAGGAUGAUUCUGAUCUACCUGCUGCCAGUCAAGAUGCUGCUGGGUCACAUGCCGACCAAUCAGCUUCUCAGAAAGUAUGACCUCAUGCAGUUUGCUGAUGUCACCAAAGCCGUCAGUGAAGGAAACCUGCUGCUGCUGAAUGAAGCUUUGUGCAAACACGAAACCUUCUUCAUCCGCUGCGGCAUCUUCCUCAUUCUGGAGAAGCUGAAGAUCAUCACCUACAGGAACCUCUUCAAGAAAGUCUUCCUGUUACUGGGGACGCACCAGCUGCCUCUGGACGCCUUCCUGGUGGUUCUGAAGAAGAUGCAGGUGGAGGACGUGGACAUCGACGAGGUGCAGUGUCUCCUCGCCACGCUCAUCUACAUGGGUCACAUCAAAGGUUACAUCUCCCAUCAGCACCAGAAGCUGGUAGUCAGUAAACAGAACCCGUUCCCUCAGCUGUCCUCAGUGUCAUAGACUACAUUACCCACAAUCCCCUCCAGCUGCAAGGUUUUUUUAAUGAUCUGUUGUAAAAACGUAAAUAAAACAUUGUUUUGUAGUGUG